CUGAGGUAACCGAAACUUCUUGCAGAGUUCAUGUCUUCUGUUGGGUCGCUCGACUUAGAGAACUUGGUGUGACAUUCUGAGACCAGCUGUUGAGACAACUAGUGUGUUUGUGGACAUAUUUCCAGACGUCAUCCACUCGGCACAUGAACGCUGGCGGCACGUCGUGAACGUGUAAACGGAGCGCUGUGAAAUUACGCAUCGGCUACAAAGAAUCAUGGGAUUGGAAUCUGCAUUUGACUAUAGGCAUUCAGCGUGAUUUUUACUUCUUUUUUCUUUUCUUCUUCAACGUUUCAAAAUACAGAAUGCAUCAAGUUGACGCUGACAUCCCCGUCACUCAGACGAAUGCUGCCUGUCUGGCCUCGUACAAACCGCGGGAUAUCGACGCAGUACAGCUCGGGAUGGAGAACGCCCAAUCUAUGUUCCAGGAGCGUCCCACUAGUCAUUUCAAGUUGUCUCUCUUUUCCUGCUUGUGCUGCUUGGUGCCGGUAGGGGCCGCUGCACUCUAUUACUCCAAAAAGUCAAGGUCAGCGAAACAAAAUGGCGAAUGGGAGACGGCCUCAAUGUACGCCAAGAACGCUAAAGACAUUGCUAUCGUAUCCAUCUGUCUGGGCGUGUUCCUUCUUGCCAUAGGAAUUAUUAUUUUCGGCCUGCUGUAUUCGAAAAUCAUGACGACAAACAGAAGCUGAUGAUAAGACUUGCAAAAUCAAGAUAAUUGUGCCAGAAGAUUACAAACAAUACUUAAUAUUAUUAACGACGUAUUGAAUUUAUGUUUGGCCAUUUAUGUGAGAAUACAACAACAGGUGUGUGAUGGUUUACGUCUGGUACGUCAGAAUGGUGACGAUAUUGUUGAAAAUACCUGGCGUGUAUUUCACAAUUACUGUCAAGUUACAAACGCAGAUGGGAUGAACCCUUAAUGUAUAGCGGAAUGUCGGAGGCUGUAUGUGGAAAACAGUUACUGAUUCUGUGUGAUAUCUCUCUCUCUCUCUCUUUCGUUCUUCCCCUCUCUCUCUCUCUCUCUCUCUCUCUCUCUCUCUCUCUCUCUCUCUCUCUCUGAAAAUCUCAUCAUUGCAUGUUACAACUGCGCAGUUACUCUUCAUCUCUUCAUCUCUUAAUCUCUCUCUCUCUCUCUCUCUCUCUCUCUCUCUCUCUCUCUCUCUCUCUCUCUCUCUCUCUCUCUCUCUCUCUCGGAAAACCUCAUCAUUAAUUUUCAUGUUAAUAAGUAAGUUAUGCUCGAUUACAGAGACAGAACAGAGAACACCUCGUAUUGCAAUGACCUGUGUGUUAGUAUACGUGUGUGUUAUUUCAUGUGAUAUAUAAACAUACAAAGUGAGUAAAAUACGGAUUCUAACCUACUGCAGCGAAUUGCAUGACAUUUGACAGUCCGCGGCCUUAACCUCGGUCUUGAUAUGUCUUUACCUCCAAAUUGUGAAUGUGAAUAGGAGAGGCCUUAAUUCUGACACAAACAAAAAUUAAUAUUAACAGUAAAUCUGAAGAAAAAACAAUGAUAUUCAAAACGGCAAUAAUAGUAUAUUUGGAGUCAUGACUAAGUCUGAUAGAAAGAUUCAUAAAUAACAUGAACUACAAAUUAAUUUGGUUUAUAUUUUCUUUUUCAUUCUUAUUACUUUUUCACAGUUUAGCAUUUAUUUACUCUCCCAAAAAUCGGUACGUCAGUUGUUGGUUUUUAAAAUAAUUUUAGUAUAAGUUUGUAGUAUAUGCUUGCAUUCAAACUUAUGCAACAUUGUUUUCUUUGGGAGAUUAAGUUUUUGUUGUUGUGGGGGGGUUGCGGGUUGGGGGUUUCUUUUCGAGAGAUCGAUUUUGUGCGUGCGUGUGUAUGUGUGUUUGUGGGUGGGUGUGUGAAAGGUGUUGUAUUUGCUGGCACUACUCAUGACGAAUUUUAUUUGCUGAAUACGGCAAAUUAUAUUUUAGGAUAUCAAGUUUUCCAAAGGCGGGGACAUGUCCUUGUAGGCCUAACUUGCUAAACUCUAUUUGAAUAUUCCAGGCAUUGUCAGCACUGACCCCAACAGUCCCUCAAGUGACUUGCUUCUACCAUGCCUGAUAAGAUUAAAAUGAGGUGGUCGAAGCCGCAGUUUGUUAAUAUUUACUACUAUUCUAAAAUUGUGCAGUGACGCAAAUGCAAUGUUUGAAAAUUAUGUCAGUCUUGUUUUAGUUGUGUAAUAUAUUGUUACAAAAAGCAGUACAAAAUAUUUAUAUAAAAAGUAUUUGUAAUUAUGAAAUAAAGUAUAUUGAUUCUGUA